GACUCAAGUAGACUCAAAACAUUUGUCAGACAGUCAUCGGAUUGCAAGAUUUUAUACUGAUCGCGAAGUUUCCUAAUAAGAUUUAAUAAUGAAAUUGGGUUGGCGUUGUUGAAGCCGAGUGGAAAGAGAACAAGAAUACUGCAUGCAAAUAUCUGCUUAAGACAAGACAGUUGGUGGAGGAAAAAGCCAUCUUCUGAGCUGAUCGAUUACACUGUAGUUUUGCUAUUCACAACAACUCCUGAGAGCAAGAAGGCUCGCUGUGUGCCCAGCACUGUCUGAACAAUUUGCUGCAAGGGGAAUAUUUCAGUCCUGUGGAGUUGUCUUCUAUUGCACAGCAGCUAGAUGAAGAAGAGAGGAUAAGGAUGGCUGAGGGAGGGCUCUCUAGCGAAGAAUAUAGGACAUUUUUACAGCAGCCUUCUGGAAAUAUGGAUGACAGUGGUUUCUUCUCUAUCCAAGUUAUAAGCAAUGCCUUGAAAGUUUGGGGUUUAGAACUAAUCCUCUUCAACAGCCCAGAGUAUCAGAGGCUUGGAAUCGACCCUAUAAAUGAAAGAUCUUUUAUUUGUAACUAUAAGGAACACUGGUUUACAGUUCGAAAGUUAGGAAAACAGUGGUUCAACUUGAACUCUCUCUUAACGGGUCCAGAACUAAUAUCUGAUACUUACCUUGCACUUUUCCUGGCUCAGCUACAACAAGAAGGUUAUUCAAUAUUUGUCGUCAAGGGUGACUUACCAGAUUGUGAGGCUGACCAGUUAUUGCAAAUGAUUCAGGUGCAGCAGACGCAGCGGCCGAAAUUGAUUGGGGAAGACGCACUGCAAGCAAGAGAUCAGAGGAUACAAAAAACAGACCUCGAACAAGCCUUAGAUGUUAGCCAGCCAUUUGAUGGUACAGGCAUGGUAGAUGAAGAUGAAGAGAAUUUCCAAAAAGCUCUCGCUCUCAGCAGGCAGGAAAUUGACAUGGAGGAUGAAGAAGCUGAUCUCCGUAGAGCCAUUCAACUAAGUAUGCAGGGCAGCCAUCGGACUGACUUUUCAGAUUCGUCUGCCCUUAGUGCUCCUCUCUCCGCUGCAACAAAUCAGUCGGAAUCUCUUACAUCAGAAGAGCUGCGAAGGAAGAGACAGGCCUAUUUUGAAAAACAACAGCAGUUGCAUCAGCAGUGCCAGAACCAAGAAUUUCAUGAUGUACCAACUACAAGUUCAAAUGCACUAGGGACCGAUCCAGGAGGGGAUAUGAGCGAAGAAGACAUGUUGCAAGCGGCCAUGAAUAUGUCCUUGGAAACUGUUAGAAACAGCUUGAAUACAGAAGACAAGAAAUGACAUAAAUACCUAUGUUUUUCUAUGUAAACACUAAAUCCUGUAUUAAUCCUGUGUGGAUGGUAAAGAGGUAAUAGGGUUCAUUUCACUGAUGUACCAAAGCAGGAUGUAGCCCUAAAAGAUAUGAGGUGAAGGAUCAAAAUUAAAAGGUGGUCUGUGUAUACCAACAAUAAAAUGCUACCAGUGUAAAGGUUUUAGGUAUUCUCACAUGAUAACUUUUGAGUCAAAUCAGUACAAUUUCCUCACAUGAGCAAGGAGGCUCUAGUUUGUCAUAUAAUCUCACCUACCAACUUCCUUACCAAUAGAUUCUUGGGAACAGUUUAUGAUAUCUCCAGAUACUUGUACAGCGGGUACCUUUUUUUCCAGAGCACGAUCAAUCAAAAUACCACAACUCCUUAAACUAUUGUCCUGAGGCCCUUGUGUUAGGAUAGCACUGAACAAGAUUAUGUGACAUUUAAAACUUCACAGACUGGAGCGUAGAGAAGAGACUACAGUUCUUUAAAAUAGUUUUUCCACUAAAUUUUUUCCACUAAACUCUGGACAGUCCUGUCCUUGGUGAUCAAAACAACUGCAGGUAAUAAAGUGUAUUUGUGGUAAACUGUUCACUUGACUUUUAAAGUUUUGGUAUGGGGAUUAUUUUCUGGUCCUUCAGUGUCUUCUUAAUUCCCAUAUUUUUACGUUAUUCAAUAAAUGGGCUGUCAAACAGCCCAAUCUGGAGUCAAGGGGGCGGGGUGUUGAAGGGACUUGUGGAGGCAGGGCAGCCCUGUGACCAGCGGAAAUGCCCAGCAGAGGGGCUAAUUGCUUUUCUUUUUUGCCCCCCAGUGCCGCUGAAAAGCCCUCUGAAGGUGGCGCAGCAGCAGCCCUGGCCGCUGGGGCCUCCGGAUUGGGCUGCCCAUCUGUUAGACCCUUUGUCCAUCUAGUUUCACACUGCUGAGUGGCAGCAGUUCUCCCAAAGAUAGUGUCAAGUGGAGAUGCUGGGGAUUGAACCUGGUACCUUCUGCAUGCAAAGCAUAUGCUCUUAAGACUGAGCUAUGGGAUCUCCCAAGGUUCCCAGCUCAGUUAGCAGCGAGGAUGACGAGAAAACAUUUUAAUGCCAUGAGUACAGUGCCACAUUCAUAAUACCUGCUCUCUGAAAUGAACCCUGCACUGGUUGGUUAUGUGAAUGGACAUUCACAAAUGAAUGAAUGCGUGUGGACAUGUGUUCUGUCGAAUGUUAAUGGAUGUCUUCUACCUGUUUUCAGCUUUUCAUGAAUGGCCUUUGUGCACCUUACGUUUUUUUUCCUAUAACUUCUGUUAACUGAGAAAUAAUGGGGAGCAAAACUUUGCAGGCUGAGUUCAUUCUGUUGGUCGACUUGCAUAAAUUGAUAUACGAGAUUACUAUAACAGGAUGACCAAAUUUGACGUUCUCUGUUACAAGAACCGAUUUAAGUGUUUUUGUAAAUGGUGCUUUAAGCAUAUGUUCUGUUUACAUAUAUACUUUUUAAUGGCUAUGGUGUUGGAUGAUGGUUCACAGUGUUCAAACUGUACUCUGCUUAAACUUUAGACACUUCCCAGGAAGCCGGAGAAGAGGAAAGAAAUCUUUUGUAAAAACGUGCACAUUGAUUUGUGUGCUAACUUGUUACAGAAUUACAAUACUUCCGCCUCCUUUUGAUGUUUCACCCUUCCGGCUGAAUGAUAACUGUAUGCAAAUGUGUGGUACGUUGAGGAAUAAUAUGAUACAAGCAAGCACUCAGAUUUUGAUAAAAUAUGUUUACAAUAAUGUUCUUUCAAAUGGCUUGGCUUUUAAGAAUCAGUAGCGACAAGCGCCAGAUCUCACUUGCGUGCUUCAGUUUUGCUGACUUUGGUGAAACUGGCAUAAGUCCAGGCAGUGGGACUCGGCUCGGAGAUGAUCAUUGCUUUUAAAAAUGCACCAAGCGUUAUAUUUCCCUAUACCAGGGGUCUGCAACCUGCAGCUCUCCAGAUGUUCAUAAAUUAAAAUUCCCAUCAGCCAAUUGGCCAUGCUGGCAGGGGCUGAUGGGAUUUGUAGUCCAUGAGCAUCUGGAGAGCUGCAGAUUGCAGACCCGUGCCCUAUACCUUGAGCAGCACUGUCGGAACCUUUGGAAUGUAUUUGAUUGCCCGCGGGAAAGCUUCUUGCCAAACUUAGUGCACCAUCACUGCUUUUUAAAAGUCUGCAGCAUUAAUUAAGUAAAGCUAUCUGGCUUUUGUUUUGUUUUUGCUUGUAAGCCCUUACUUGAAAAUAAGCAGCGAAGGAAUUUAUAUAAAGCAUGACAUAAAAGCAUACCAAUUUGUAAAAA